AUGACAACACAAUUGAUAUGGAAUGCGUUGCCGACGUCACAGCAUGACGUCCUUCAAUAUCGGCGAGUCCGGGCUCGAGAGGGCGGGGGCCAACCGAAGCAGAACAACGGAACAAGAAGUCCCACUUCCAUGGCAGACGGUAUUUGCAAUGGGGAAUUAUCACCUACAAUGCAUGAAAAUUGCCCAACUCCCUGGACCCUGGCUCCUCGACAGCCAGCUUCAACGAUCUAUCUAUGCGUUUUCCCGCAAAAUGCAGUGCAGAUCGCAGCUCGUAUAGGGUCACAAUCCCGCAAGGCCCCCCACGUCUUGUGGUCCCUCGAAUUCGCAUCUAAUAUCGAUUCUGACCUAUUCGUACGCGAUGCACGGUAUGCCAUCAACAUCGGAUGGGUUGUCACAGUCGCAAGAUUGGAUCAGAUGGAAGUUGAUUUCCUUAUGGGAAAUCACCCCCAAUACAGCAGGAAACGUGCCAAUCCAUCUUUGCUCAUCAUGCUCAGGGACACGCGGCGAGAGACGGGUAGAUCUUUCGCAUCAUCGACUAAGCUGGUUGGCAGGACGGAUCUACCGCCAUGA